GCUGUCUGUCUACAGCAGUAGAGUACAGUAGGUCUCAGCAUAGCGUCCUGUCAGGGGGUCUCCUGUGCCUCUUUGUUUGCUGGCGGAGUUGGAGGAAGGAAGGGGAGAAAGUACUAAGUAGUGUAUUUUAGGCCACCGUUUACACGUAGAAGGUGAAGUUCUAGUUGUUGGAUCUUUUCAUACACCUCACUUUCUCCCCCCAUUGGUUUUGUUGCGUUCUGUCCAUCGGCUCGGAUACAGCAUGGACUGGCUGGCCGCUGGUUACUGGAGGUUCCGUCUCAGACAUGUCGCCUCGGACACUGCAGUGACAAUGAAACGACGCCGCAAGUACUGGUUUUGGAACCGGAAUGGUAAAAACGCAAAGAUGUGUCUGCUCUGCUGUUAUGAGAAAAAAGGCAAAGCUGACUGUUUCCGGUCCAAGAACGCCGAUGAGGAUGCCUGCGUUGCAGUCAAAAUCGAACACUCCAGAGCUCUAGGCAGUAGCCCGACGUGCACGAGCAGCAGCCCACCCAGUGUGCAUGAGUGUCUGAGUCGGGCGAGCAGUGGGAGGACUAACAAGAAAAGGGGAGGGGUCAAUGGAAGAGUCCCCAGCAGCAGACCUCGGCUGCCGUCUAAACCGCAAGUGCCUCCAAAGCCACCACAUCUCCAGAGCCCGGUGACGGAGCUCACGUCCCCUCUGAGCCGCAUCCAGAAACCCACUUUUAGACCAAACAUGGAAGAGGGGGGAGGAGGAGGAGGAAGAGGAGGAGGUGGAGGAAGAGGGGCUGUGAACCGGGAGGGAGCCAGGGAGAAACACUCCAAAGUCUUAGAACUCAUCAGCCACUUUGAGGAGAACAGCAACACAGAGAGCAAGAGAGACGGCUCACCGCUCAAACAGAUCAGCAAGUUGUCCAACUGCAGCCCAGCUCACCGCGUGCACCAGAGGCAGACAGAGGCCGACGGCAGUCAGGAGAACCACUCCCCUGUACAGGCCGCACCGCAGGAUGCCCCCAAACCGGCGGCUAACGGGGUGCUAGCGCAGAUGGAGCAGGACAGGGAGAAGGAGGACAAACAGGAGAGGAACAAUGAAAGGAUAGAGACCGACGGGCUGGUAAAUGGAGAUAUGGGGGACGGGAGCGCAGAACAGAGUGAUGAUCAUUCACCUCCACACACAGACAGGACUGGCACAGAAAGCAACACUGAGAAUGAGGACAGUGGGACUACAGCAGAAACUGAGCACAGGAAUGUAGAAGGGAGCACAGACCAAAAGGAGACAAAUGAACAGAAGCUUUUUAAGAUCGCCAGCGAGCUCUUGCAUACGGAGAAGGCCUACGUAGCGCGACUUAACUUGCUGGACCAGGUAUUCUGUGCUAAGCUAAUGGAGGAGGCCAAUAAAGGGACAUUCCCUGGGGACGUAGUGAAGAACAUCUUCUCCAACAUCUCCUCCAUCAACGCUUUUCACAGCCAGUUUCUGCUUCCAGACCUGGAGAAGCGCAUGGGAGAAUGGGCAUCCACGCGUCGCAUCGGAGACAUCCUGUUGAAACUCACACCCUUCCUCAAGAUGUACGCAGAGUAUGUGAAGAAUUUUGACAAGGCCAUGGAACUGCUGAAACAGUGGACUGAUCGUUCGCCUCAAUUCAAGGCCAUCAUUCAGGAAAUACAGAGUCAAGAGGCCUGUGGCUGCCUGACGCUUCAGCAUCACAUGUUGGAGCCUGUGCAGAGAGUCCCUCGCUAUGAGAUGCUGCUGAAAGACUAUCUGAAGAAGCUGCCUCAGGACGACCCUGACCGACAAAAUGCAGAAAAAUCAUUAGAAAUUAUCGCCACAGCAGCUACUCACUCCAACAGCGCCAUACGAAAAUCUGAGAAUCUGAAGAAACUGAUGGAGAUAUACGAGAUGCUGGGUGAGGAGGAGGACAUUGUUAACCCCUCUAACGAGUUCAUUAAAGAGGGUCACAUCUUGAAGCUGGCAGCCCGGAACACUUCGGCCAUGGAGCGAUACCUCUACCUGUUCAACAACAUGCUGUUGUACUGCGUGCCCAAAUUCAGCCUGGGAGGACCUAAGUACACAGUGAGGACGCGGAUCGGCAUCGACGGCAUGAAGGUCCUGGAAACGUCCAACGAGGAUUACCCUCAUACCUUCCAGGUGUCAGGGAAGGAGAGGACACUAGAGCUACAGGCCAGCUCAGAGCAGGAUAAAGCAAGCUGGAUUAAGGCUUUACUUGAAACCAUUGAGAUCUUCCAGCAAAGAAACGAGUCAUUUAAGAAUGCACUGAGAGACGUGGAGGAAGUGUCGAAUGCAGAGCUGGGGAAGCGCGCCCCUCGCUGGAUCCGUGACAAUGAAGUGACAAUGUGUAUGAAGUGUAAAGAGCCUUUCAAUGCUCUGACACGGCGGAGACACCACUGCAGGGCCUGCGGCUACGUGGUGUGCUGGAAAUGUUCAGACAAUAAGGUGGCACUCGAGUAUGAUGGCUACAAGACAAACAAAGUGUGCAAAGACUGUUACUCCAUCCUGACUGGAGAAAUGAUAGCCGAGGGCAAGAAGAAGGGCAUCCUGGAGAUCGAGGCAGCUCAGUUCACAGGCAGCAGCAUCAUGUGCGGCUUCCUGCAGUACUGUGAGAAGAACAAACCUUGGCAGAAGGUGUGGUGCGUCAUCCCUGAGAAGGAGUGUCUGGUGCUCUAUCUCUACGGAGCUCCGCAGGACGUGAAGGCCCAGUGUACUAUCCCCCUCCUGGGCUAUUCUGUGGAUGACAGCGCCAGGCCCACAGACCCUCCCGCCAACUUCCGCCUCUCUCAGUCCAAGUCCAUCCACAACUUUGCUGCUGAAACAGAGGAGCUUAAGCAGCGCUGGCUGAAAGUGAUCCGGGUGGCAGUGAAGGGUGAGAUGCCAGAUUGCCCUCAGACCAACGGCAGCAAUGCCAACACAAUGGACAACAACAACACACAAGACGCGGGCACUGAUAGCACAUAAGAGUGCAAGUAAACUGCUGUUGGAUUGCACAAUAAAGACAGGACGUGCAGCUGUGUCCUGCUCGCACAAAAUACAAAUCCACACUCUCCAUGCUGUACUUCUGAAUCUGAAUCUUAAAGACAGAGUGGAAAAUCAGUGCUGUAUAAGAUGCCUUUCCUUGCCAUUCUGCUGUUUCCCAGUUUCCUCCUGGAUUCUCUCAUAAACCCACACAAGAAUUUCUAAUUCACUGCUUGAGCUGUGCUGGAUUACUAAAAGGACAUGUCUGGUACAAUCAACACUAGAGCAGAGGGGCCUCAGGAUUGAUUGACUUCCCUCAAACAGGCACUAGUAACAACAGCUCAAACUCUUCAAACACUCUUAACUUGUGUCAACUACUCGUGAGCCAGUGGACUACCACAGACUUACACAGCACCCUGUACUGGAUGUGAAUCAAAGCAAAAGGAAAGUCCAAACUAAGUCUGCUGGUGCUGUAACCCAACUCUCUGUGUACCUGUACAGUAUAAAUGUUUUAUUUGUUUUGUUCAAAAAGGAACGUUUGUGUUUGUUUGUACAGAAAUCAGUCUCAAACUUUCUUUUGGUAACAUAGAAAACAGUAAAGUAUUUACAGUGUUGCCAGUUGUCUUUGCUUGAGAAGAUAGUUCCAAAACUGGGAAAAAGAUCAUGUGGUUGGAUAAUUAUGGUCUCAUGUCCCUCCUUCACCCCUCAGUGAAGAUUCAUCAACAGCCUAAUCGAACUCUGGAUGCACGUUGGCUGAUCUGUCUGCUUUGCAAUUGGUUGCGCCUGUCCUAUAGUCAAAUCAAAUCAUUUGUAAAUAUGUUCAUAGCUGACCAUAGGUGAAAUAAGAGUCAGUCUAAAAUACCAGCUUCAUAUAGGUGGGAGAUAUGGAUAAAAUCGUCUCCCAGUAUGUUAUUUUAUAUAUUGGCAAUGGCAAUACAUGUUGUAAUAUAUAGUACAUUUAUAGAUCAAACAACCAAAAGUGUGAAUGUCUGUUUUUGGCUCAUCCAGUUAAACUAAUAUCUGACAAAUCAAGGUGCUACAUCACAUCCAUUAAUACAACAAGUCAGUCCUUCUCAUGGAUUUUGAACCCACUGCCCACAGGUUUUUUUUUUUAAUGGCAAUGCUUCAGAAACGCUGGAUCCUACAAUUCCCAUGAUGCAACUCUGUGGCGACUUAAAUUAGACGUGUCCUGCCUCUGAAAUCAACGGGUUUUCUGUCAGAUACUUAGAUAACUACUUACUACUUACUUUCUCAGAAAGCCCCUUGCAGAGCCGCAGGACACAACUGUUUUCACAGCUUGAGUAGUACUCUCCAUGACAAGUAAACUGACCUUUAUGUGUAAAAUGGCCGUUUAAAUGUAAUGCUUAAUCUCGAUGAUAUCAUAAUAUGUACCAACCGUAUGGUCUGGACAGUGCUGUUUGUAUUGAAAUGGCACACUGCAAUCAUGUGUCUUCUAAAACAAAUGAUGGAUGAUAGUCAUUGGCAUGCAAAUCUGAGGAUGAAUGGUAAAUGCUUGUCUAACUACAGUGUGGAGAGAUGUGAUCGAUCACCAUCGUCUUUGUGUGGCAGGCUUUUCUGUUACGAUGCAAGUGCAGCACAAUCCCAGAUAUAGCAAGCUGGUGUGAGAAAUGUAUAUGUUUUUGAUGCUGUAAUUAAUUUUAAUAUUUAAUGUAAUUUAUAGAGUAUGACAAAGCAUGAUCCGAUAAAAGUAGCACAAAGUUGUUCCCUCACUGUCAACUACAAAGUGCAGUAGGUAGAUGUUAUUUUUUUCUGAGAGCAGAUGUUUUUCCACUAACUCAUCAAACCUCGGUUCUUCAGCGUGACAGCGAACGCUUGUAGCGCUGGAUGGACUUUGUUCGUUCACAUGGUUCUGUUGCGCCGUGUUCCCCCCUGUGCUCGAUGCUGGUGCUCACCAGAGUAUUACCCCCCUCCCUCCCCUGAACUAUUUCCCCUCUGCAGUAUUCAAAUAAAAAGCAAGAGCACAAAACUUCCCCAUCUGUAGGAUCUGAAUGUAUAUCCAGAUUUUUAUGUGUCCCCAUCCCCAAAGGUUUGAGAAUCUACGCACUUUAUGAUCUUUUAAAGUGUACCUUCAAAGAAAAUAAACAGAGGUUGAAUAUGA